AUGAAAUUGGACUCCUUUGAUGGAUCAGGGACUCCAAUUCAGGCUGCAGAUUGGCUUGCUUAUAUAGAAAUGCAGCUGGAUGCUUUUGAUGUGUUGCCUCGAGACAAGGUUAUAUAUGUGAUACAGUUGAUGAAGGGAGAAGCCCAGAUCUGGUGGAGAGGUGUACAGUCAGCCAGGACUGUUGCCCAUGGGGAUCUUACAUGGUCUGAGUUUGUUAGGCAAUUUGAGAGGAGAUUUUAUCCAGCUACUUUUCUGGAUAAAAUGCAAAUUGACUUAAACAACUAUACACAAGGUCAGAAAUCAGUGGCAGAGUAUGAAGUGGGCUUUAAUCAAAUUGUGUGCUUUGUACCUCAUGUAGCCCACGAUGAUGCAGAGAAGGCCAGGCGUUUCAGACAGGGUUUGAAGCCUUUUAUCCGUCAUGUUCUUGGUGCUUUUGUUGUUACAUAUUUUUUCUCUAUGGUUAAACAAGCUUCUGGUGUUGAGUUGCAGCAAUCUUAUACUGAUGAUAUUCGCAAGAUGUUGGGAGCGGAUCAGCAUAAAGGACCAGAAGAGAAGAAGAGUCAUUUUGGUGGUCCCAUCCAUAAGAAGUACAAGGGACAACAACGUCACCAACCAUACCGUGGUGGACCCUCUCAGAUACAUCCUCUAGGCACCAGUACCCAAUUUCGUACAGUGGUUAAACCCGGCUUUGGUUUGGUGUGCUUCAAGUGUGGUGAUUCACAUAUGCAGAGUGAAUGUUCUUGGAAGGGGAACUGUUCAGUAUGUGGUCGUCCAGGCCACAAGGAUGUGGUGUGUCGCAGAAACUCGAACAGUCGUAUCAGGUGGGAACCAGUAUCUUCUUCUUCUGGGGUUUCUUUUUCAUCUAAGGGAUCAGCACAUGUAUUGGCUGCUACUCCUACUCCUACGGUCAUUACUGGCCCGAUAGCUCCGCCGAUGCAGUAUUAUCAUCCUUCUACAGUUCCCACUGGGCCUUACUGGUCACAUCAGCCUAUGAUUCCUCAGGGAACUUCUACACCGACACUGCCGGUGAUUGGGGCAUCUUCUCCCCACACUGCAGGAACCUCUUCAUCUCAGACACCUUCUGGGUUAUAUACUUUACCUAGUGCUGAGACCGGAGGUCACAAUGACGUGGUGACAGGUAUCUUACCCGUGGACUCCUUUGAUGCACAUGUUUUAUUUGAUUCUGGAGCUAGCUUUUCCUUUGUCUCGGUAGACUUCGUUAAACGAGCGAGACUAUCAGUACAACAAAUUGGGCAAUCUGUUGUAGUUAACUCCCCCAGUGGUCUUAUAUCCAGUUCUUAUGUUUGCCCGGGGUGUGUUAUAAAUAUUGGAGAUGAGGAAUUCACAGCUAACUUUGUGAUGAUCAAUUUAGAGUUCUUCGAUGUUAUUCUUGGUAUGGACUGGCUUGCCCAAUACCAAGCCAUUAUCUCUUGUUCUUUGAAAAUCAUCACCUUGCGAGCUCCAUCAGGAGGGGAGAUUACUUUCCAAGGGAAGUCCUUGCCAUAUGCACUUUCCAUGUUGUGCAGGAUCUUCCCUAACCGAAGGAUGUGGAAAUAUGGUGCUCUUUGGUCAUUGGUUGAAGGGCAGGAUGUCACUCUACGUGUGGAAGAUACUCCAGUAGUGUGUCGUUAUCCUGAUGUGUUCCCUAGUGAGCUUCCAGGAUUACCUCCUGAACGAGGACCAGUCUUUCGUAUUGAGUUGAUUCCAGGUACACAACCUAUUUAUAAGACUCCGUACCGAAUGGCUCCAAUGGAACAAAUGGAAUUGAAGAAGCAAUUAGAUGAACUCCUUGCUAAGGGAUUUAUCAGACCAAAUGAGGAUAUUGAGAAGAUAACUUUCAAUAAAAGGUAUGGGCAUUUUGAAUAUGUGGUUGUGUCUUUUGGACUAACGAAUGCCCCUGCUGUUUUUAUGGAAGCCAUGAACCAGAUGCUCCAUGAAUAUCUGGAUGUCUUUGUGGUGGUUUUCAUCGAUGACAUAUUGAUUUAUUCCAAGUCAAAAGAGGAACAUGAGGUGCACCUCAGUUUAGUGUUGGAGGCUCUUCGAAAGAAUAAAUUCUAUGCGAAGCUAAAGAAAUGUGCCUUUUGGCUCGAAGAAGUAGGAUUUCUUGGUCAUGUUAUUAAUCAGCAUGGUAUUACUGUAGACCCAAAGAAUGUUGCUGCAGUAUUAGAAUGGCAAAGACCGUCUAAUGUGACAGAGAUUCGAAGUUUUCUUGGACUCGCUGGCUAUUACCGGCGCUUUGUACAAGAUUUCUCCAUUAUCGCAAAACCUAUGACUAGACUUACUCAAAAGGGCGUUCCAUUUGAAUGGACUGAUGAAUGUGAGGUCAGUUUCCAAACCUUAAAGAAUAAGUUGGUGAACACUCCUAUUUUGGCUUUGCCCGAGAGUGGUAAGCGUUUCACAGUUUACACUGAUGCUUCUCGAAUCGGACUUGGCUGUGUGCUUAUGCAAGAAGGUUGGGUAAUUUCAUAUGCUUCCAGACAAUUGAAAACUCAUGAACAGAAUUAUCCCACUCAUGACUUAGAAUUGGCUGUAGUGGUUUUUGCCUUGAAGAGUUGGAGGCAUUACCUGUAUGGUGAGUCAUGUGAUAUUUUCACUGAUCAUAAGAGUCUCAAGUACAUUUUCACUCAAGAGAUCUGAAGAGAUCUGAAUUUGAGACAGCGAAGAUGGUUAGAAUUAAUCAAAGACUAUGAUCUGAUGAUUCAGUAUCAUCCCGGAAAUGCAAAUAGUUUGCAAAGUGCCUUGGGCACAAAACUUUCUCUUAGCACAGCCUUCCACCCUCAGACGGAUGGUCAGUCAGAACGGACUAUUCAGACUUUGGAGGACAUGCUUCGUGCUUGUGUCUUAUCCUGGAAAGGCAAUUGGGAAGAUCAUCUAGCCUUAGCAGAAUUUGCUUAUAAUAAUAGCUAUCAAGCAAGUAUCCGGAUGGCUCCUUUUGAGGCCUUGUAUGACCGAAGGUGUGUUUCCCCUUUAUGUUGGGAUUCUGUUGGAGAGAGAUCACUACUUGGUCCAGAUUUGGUUCAGCAAACAUCGGAAAAGGUAUACCAAAUACGUCAGAACCUGUUGGCUGCUCAAAGUCGACAGAAGAGCUAUGCAGAUAUCCGAAGAUGAGACCUAGAAUUUACAGUUGGUGACUAUAUUCUUCUCAGAGUAUCGCCAACCAAAGGUGUUGUGUGUUUUGGUAUCUCUGGAAAGCUUAACCCGAGGUACAUUGGCCCAUUUCUAAUCACAGCCCGAGUAGGCAGUUUGGCGUACCGUCUUGAAUUACCAGACUCAAUGAGUGGAGUACAUAAUGUCUUCCAUGUUUCUAUGCUAAGAAAAUAUCUGAGAGACCCUGAGCAUAAAGUUGAUGUUGAAUCAAUCACGAUAGAGAAAGAUCUGACCGUAAAGUGUCACCCAGUACGCAUUCUGGAUUCCUCAGAGCAAGUUAUGAGGAGGAGAACUAUCAAGUUUGUGAGAGUCCUUUGGACAAAUCAAUCAGAACGAGAAGCAACUUGGGAACUUGAAGAACAAAUGCGCAAGGAGUAUCCUGAGCUCUUUGAGACUGGUGAGUCAUAAGUUUUGAAAUAUUUUACCUCUAUUCCAUAGUUGCCAUGGAAGCGGCAGAAUUCGGGGACGAAUUCCUUUAAGGGGGGAGAAUGUAAUACCGAAUUUUUGAGAGAAAAAAAGAAGAGAUUUGACCAAAAUUUUGACUUUUUGAUCUGUUGCUCGUAUGGACAAUCGGAGACCGUGGUUGCAUUCAUCUCGUCAAGACGAACCCAUUUUGCUAUUCAUAUGUCCGUUUCAGGCACUUUGUGACCCGUAGCAAGCCCAAUAAAUUUAGACCGUUAGUUGUUUUAAAUAAAAAAUAUAAAAAAGGAAGAUAAGUAUCGGAUGGAUCGGCCCUCAACCCGAUCCAUCCAGACA